AUGGUCCAUUCCAGAAACUUUACGAUGGGAUACUUAACUGGAUCCCAGAGACGUCCGGGCAAUAAAGGUUACCCAAGACCUGGCUUGACAAUAUCUGGAGCAAUUAGUCUUGCAGUGGAUGAAAUUAACAAUUUACAUCCAAUAAGAGACAACCACACGAUAAGUUUUACGGUUGCCGAGACGUAUGGAGAGGAAUCAGAAAGCAUUUAUAAAACUGCCCUUUUGUGGACUCAAGAGGUGGCUGUUUACAUCGGUCCUCAAGAGACUUGUAUUCAUGAGGCAAAGAUGGCUUCCAGUUUUAACCUCCCAAUGAUAUCAUAUUUUUGCGCUCACCAUGAAGCCUCCGAUAAGAAACAAUUCCCUACGUUUGCCCGAACACGGCCUCCUGAUACACAAAUCUCCAAAUCCGUCGCAUCCCUGCUGCUAAGUUUUGGCUGGAAGCGAAUCGCUCUUCUUUACUCUUCAACGCAAGAUCGAGGAUUCAAAGAGGUUUCUGGGACCAUUCUAGAGACACUGCGAACAGCUCAAGUUGAAGUACGAUUUUUAGGCAGUUGGCCAGAGACGUACCAUUAUGGAUAUGGAGAAAACCCAUUUGAUAAGCUUGUAGAAGAUUCUUACAAAGACGCUAGAAUUUACAUUGUAUUAGGAUAUUACUUUGAGCAUCUCGGUUUGAUGGUAAGCUUGCAAAAACGAGGUCUGUUGGACAACGGAGAGUACUAUGUUGUUGGAGUAGAUAUUGAACAAUAUGAAAUUCAGAAUCCACGACGAUAUUUGAAAGGUCUUCUGCGAGAUGAAAUUGAAGAAGUGGCAAAAAACGCUUUUCAGUCGUACAUAGGUAUUGUUGGAAGUCCACCGGUUGGGUUUGAGGAUUUUACAGUAAAGGUCAACAAAUAUAUGCAGUUGCCUCCCUUCAAUUUUCCUAACCCAGUCAGUACUGGUGGCAUGAAACGAGUACCAGCAGAAGGAGCGUAUUUGUACGAUGCAGUCUAUGUGUACGCAAGGGCGUUAAAUGAAUGUCUACUUCAUAAUGAUAAUCCACUUGAUGGCAGAGGUAUUAUGAAAUAUAUUAUAGGAAGAACAUAUUUCAGUGCGAUGGGCUACAUGGUAUACAUGGACGAGACAGGAGACGCAGAAGGCAAUUACACAUUAAUUGCGAGAAAAGCUAUUCCUGGCAUUGAAGGAGAGUACGGCUUGUAUCCCGUUGGUGUGUUUCAACUGCAUGAAAACAGAACAUCUAUGCCUGUAAAUCCUUUCUUCUACACACAGCAUUAUCCUACUUCUAUUAAGAAAAAGUUAAUGUAUAAAUGCAUGCUGUGGAAGCUUGCUAUAGGGAUAACUGGGGGUUUGGUGUUUGUUUUACUUAUAGGCAUGUUGGUGGCAUAUAAGAACUGGGCUUACGAGCAGGAGCUGGACAGUUUGAUUUGGAAAAUUGAUUACAAAGAUAUCCAAAUAAACGAGUACACGCCUACCACAACGCUAGGAAGAAUGGCAAGAAGUUUAUAUCCACUACUACGUACAAGUCAAGUAUCUCUAAGCUCGAAUGCAGACACAGAUUUCCGCUACAGUAGUAUUUAUACCACAGUGGGGAUUUUUAAGGGACGUAUGGUAGCUAUAAAGCGAUUGAGAAAGAAGAAUGUUGAUAUUACUCGUAAAAUGAAGAAAGAGCUUAAACUAAUGCGAGAUUUGCGUCAUGACAACUUGAAUCCUUUUAUUGGUGCUUGCGUUGAAUGCCCUAACAUAUGCAUCGUUACUGAAUACUGUUCCAGAGGAAGUCUAAAGGAUAUUUUAGAAAAUGAAGAUGUAAAGUUGGAUAAUAUGUUCAAUGCAUCACUUAUAGGAGACAUUGUUAGGGGUAUGAGUUAUCUACAUGACAGUGCUUUACGUUCGCAUGGAAACUUGAAAUCCUCCAAGUGCCUAGUUGACAGCCGAUGGGUAGUUAAAAUUGCGGAUUUUAGUCUGCACGAGCUAAAAGCUGGAUCUACUCCUGACGAUGACUCUUCAGAUUUCGAAAAGCAGUGCUACAAAUUGUUAUGGCGAGCACCUGAACUACUGCGAGAACCAAAUGCUCCUCCUUGUGGAACACAAAAGGGAGAUGUUUAUUCUUUUGGUAUCAUUCUCUACGAAAUAACAUUUCGCUCUGGGCCCUAUGGAUUGAAGGAGAAAACUCCCUCUGAAGUCAUCAAGUCAGUGAUGCGUCGUGACCAAUGUCCUCCGUUUCGACCUCGCGUUUCGAAGUCAGAGGAUUGCUUUGACUGUGUUGUGGAUUGUAUGCAAGAAUGCUGGUCAGAAGAGCCUGAAGAGAGGCCCGAUUUCAAAACGAUCCGUACAAAGCUCAGGCCCAUGAAGAAAGGAAUGAAACCUAAUAUAUUCGACAAUAUGCUGGCUAUGAUGGAAAAGUAUGCAAAUAACUUAGAAGCUCUUGUAGAUGAAAGAACUGAUCUUCUGAUUGAAGAGAAGAAAAAAACAGAUGCUUUACUGUACGAAAUGCUUCCCAAAUAUGUAGCAGACCAGUUAAAGAAAGGGAACAAAGUUGAAGCCGAAUCAUUCGACUGCGUGACAAUUUAUUUUAGCGAUAUCGUUGGUUUCACAACGAUGUCUGCACAAAGUAGUCCCCUUCAGGUGGUUGAUUUCUUAAACGAUCUUUACACUUGCUUCGAUUCCAUCAUUGAGCACUACGACGUGUAUAAAGUGGAGACCAUUGGAGAUGCGUACAUGGUUGUGAGCGGAUUGCCUAUUCGGAACGGAGAUCGCCAUGCUGCUGAAAUUGCAUCAAUGGCUUUACACCUGCUCGAGGCCAUCAGGAAGUUCACCAUUCGACACAAGCCAGAUGAAACGCUUAUGCUGAGGAUAGGAAUACAUUCAGGAGCUGUUUGUGCUGGUGUCGUUGGUCAAAAAAUGCCUAGGUAUUGCUUGUUUGGAGACACUGUGAACACAGCUUCAAGAAUGGAAUCAACGGGGUUACCUCUACGAAUUCACUGUAGUAAAGCUUGUAAAUACUUACUAGAUAAACUAGGAGGAUACAAUUUUGAAGACAGAGGAUUGGUCAGUAUAAAAGGGAAAGGAGAAAUGUCCACCUACUGGCUGGUUGGUCAGGAUGAAUACAGAAAAAGAACGCCUCAGAAACAAAGUAUAUCUGUGCGCACUCCAGAUGUUCUUCGAUCGACAACAAGAUCAUCCUUGAGACAAAACAAAUUUUCGAAAUUUAAUACGAACAGAAGACUAUCCUUGGAGUCCCAGAAAAAACUUCGAUUCGCUCCAAACAGUCCCAAAACAAUAUCCACCACCAUAUCACCAAAUACUUCCGAAGUUUGUUCGGAAGGUGCAACAAUAGACGAUUUCAAAGACGUUCCUAAUCAUCAUGAUGAUAAAACACUCGUGUCACCUGUUUCAUCAUCAAAAUAUGACCGUAAACGAAGCUCCUGUCCGUGUCUUUGCGAAAGUUGUGAAACGUGCACCGAUACACAAAAGCAUAUUUUGGGUAGAAAGGGUCCAACAUUUAUUCUUCACAACGCUUCGCUUGAGAAAAUAUCUGUUGUUCAAGACGCGAAUAAUCAGAGCCAAAGUAACUUUGUUAAAGGUUGGAGAAGACUGUCUAGGAUAUCUUCCUUCGUUUCUUGCCUAGGAUCAGGUGAAGUAAAUGACUUUAUUAUGUCUGAUGACGUCAGAAAAAUGCAGAAAGAUGGCGUACACUUAUCAGUGAUUGGUCAUUCGGAGAGUGAACCGUUUUUACCCCAUUUGUAUCACAAUUAUCAGGCCAGAACUGAUGCCGCUGUAUAAUGUUAUUGAUGUAAAUAUUAAAGCAAAUGAAAAAUUGAUUCUGAUACAGUUAAUUUAGCUAAUUAUUGCUGAUAUUAUUUUUUUUUGUUUUUAGCAUUGAUACCCAAAGCUGCAAUGUUAGUAAUUU